AUGAACUACCUACCACCUGUCUCCAUAAUCGAGGACAAAAUGCCUGUCCUGGACCACGAUCUGGAUACCCAUGACAGUGACAGGCUUCUCAAGGACAGCGAGAGUGUAUAUUCAUGGACGUAUUCAGACAGGGAAGAUGACCGACAUCGCGGAUUCUGGUGGAUUGUCGGCAUGGUCAUUGCAAUCAGCGCGCUGUCCUGCUUGACUGGCUUGUUUAUUGGGUAUCAACACCAUCACAGCGAUGAGGCGUGCUCACGGCGCACUUUGCAUUACUCUACCGUCAUGUCCAAUGUCCCAAUAAGAUACCACCGGCAGCGGUUCAACGGGUCCCUGCUGAAGGAGAAUAUCUUUCGCCAGGACGCCGGUCCGGAAGUAGACGCCGCAUGGGAAUCUCUCGGUGUGAAUUUCCGACCGAUCAGUGUCCCCGCUGAAGACGCAGCACGGUCCGGUAUCGCGCCAGACCAGGUCCAGAUAAAUGAAGCAUAUGGUGGUGGAUAUCCAGCGAAUGUCGAAGGACUGCAUCAUCUACACUGCUUGAAUCUCCUCCGUCAAUCUCUCUAUUACAACCACGACUACUACCGCUCUCUAGGCACGGGUGCAUUCAAAAACGAGGACUUUAUCGUGCGCCACCAUGUCUCACACUGCCUAGACAUCCUCCGCCAGCAGCUGAUGUGCACAGUCGACGUCGGCGUCCUCGGCCAGAUCUGGGUUCACCCUGAUAAACCCUCACCCUUUGUGGACUUCAAUACCGAACACCAGUGUCGCAAUUUCGAGCAGAUCAGGGAUUGGGCGGAGAAGCACCAGCUUCCUGAGCGUGUACCGAAGGAUUUCCUCCGGCCGCCGCGGGAGGGAGAUCGGAUAUACGACGAGAUUCCAUGA